AUGGGCCAUAUGUUUCGUGUCGUACGACGAGAUGAACGAGAGAGAUUUUUACCAUUCCAAAACUUUAACAAUAGAAGAUUGUUAUGGCAUGGUUCUCGAACAUCAAAUAUUGCUGGAAUACUUAUGCAUGGCCUCAAAGCGUCACCAUCUGGAGCAGAAAAUUCCACUUGGAACAGGGGGAUCUACUUUGCAGAUGUUUCAACAAAAUCCGCAUGGUACUGCAGAGUGGCUUCUUCGUCUGAAGUUGGCAUACUUUUACUAUCGUAUGCAAUUCAUGGCAGGAAUGAAAUAACAAGAAACACAACGUUUCCUGAAAAACUGCCCGAAGAAUAUAACAGCAUUAAAGUAAUUGGGAAGUACCAAUCUCCAGACGUGACUGGGCUUAUGAUUGAUGGUGUUCAAAUUCCUUUAGGGACGCCACAAAAAAUGAAACAAGACGCAGACAUGGAGCACAAUGAGUAA